AUGAAAAGUAUCGGGGGUAUGCACUCGAAAAAUCGUAACGAGCUAAGCGUCGUUGAUUUGAAGCUUUACUCUAAAAUUAGGUUUCUUUUAGCAAAUUACUGGCCGUUCUUAGAGCUGACCGGGCACGAGGCAGAAUGUGCCCCACGCACAAAUGUAGAGAUUUUGAAGGUUGAUCUGGGCAAGCCAAGACAGAUACUAGCCGCUACAUUAGAUACACUAGUCGCAGACCUUCAGAAAGGUGGCAUGGUUGGGGACACACUUCUGCGAUAUUUUGCUGAAGGAGACGUGGCCUUAAUAGCUGUGUCCAGAGCCCCCACCGUCCCACCGUCGCCAAGCCUGGCAUUUCAUGCUAGCUGCUUUCCAUCAAAGCUGUCGACUGUCGUGGCAAUGCUCAUACUUGAUCAAAUCGCAGAUCUCGACAAGGACGCAUUUCCUCUCGCACAACUCAUCGCACUUGCCCGUGAUACGAUUACGGCUGCCAUUUUCCCGCCGAAUGGCUACACGGAAGACCGGGCGUGCCACGAAGAUACUUGCAGACACCGUACUUUGAGACUCUGCAUGAAGCGCGGUUGGCGACUCAUGUCUCUCACAAGGCAGGCGCAGAUCGGGAAGAUAACAGCGCGAGCGCUUUUCACCCCACGACGCGAAGACCCUCUUCAUCGGUAUCAAACUCGUCGUCUUGCGGCGCAACAGCGCCCAAUACUGGCCUGCCCUGGCUCCAUGUCAUGGAUCAGAUACACGCGUUACCUCGGUCGAUGCGACGCGCACUUUUCUGCGGCAUUGCCGCAGUGCAGUUCUGUGCGCAAGAUCUACGUUAGAGUCUUUCAUUAUGCCUUUGACAGGCCAUCGCAGCCUCCGAAGGUGUCCCAAUCGGAGCAACGACAGCAUUCGCAGAACAAAUUGAAUGGCGAAAAUGGUGAUUCAACCAAUGAAAUUACAGAAAGGCCCGAAGAUGGGGCAUUCAGUGAUCUUCUAUUACGAAUCAUUCUCGCGGUAGAUCCCAGCUGCCUUGAGACUUUCUUGCGGACUCUAGACACUGAUGCACUGGGCACUCUUGUUCCGAUGUUUCUCCGUCCAUCUCUAAAUGCUGCAUCGAAUAUAGGCACGGGUAGUCACGACAUGCCAGAUCAUCGACAGCUCAUUGCGCUUCUGAAAGACAAACCCGCAGCGCUUGUUGCCGCCAUUGAUGGUCUCUUCUUUCCAGGCGAAGAAACGAGCAUGUCACAAAAAGGGCCAUGCGCAUUACAACGUGGGAAUGAAUUUGCUAGCCAAGCAGGUCUCUUUGCUAAGCUCAACGCCGUGUCGCCCUUGUUUGGACCGCGUCUAGUGUGUGAGACGAGAUUCAACGAUGGAGACCUCCUCAUUGGAGCCAUCACGUGUAUUGAAGAUGCAUCGUUCCACGAACGCCUGUGGGAACUGUUCAAGUAUCAAUCAAAGCACCAGUCACCUGAGGCUAAGGUGGUUGAAACGUAUGACAAUGCCGCAGUCUCGUCUAUCCCUCCAGGUGUCAACUGCGCAAAGGAUGAUGAGUCAAAUUUAGCUUCCAAAUCCCCUUUGGUGUCAGCACUAACAAAGGAAUUCGGAAACAGAAUUACUUAUGCCCACGACACACUAACAUUGCUUCAGGCAACUGAGGAUGCUGAACACACUCUCAUCCUUGCACCGAUUCGUCGGCAAGCAGCGAUCAUAAUCCAGGCUGCUGUGCGCGCCUCUAUUCAAACGAAGCUUCAUCUAUGCUCCUGCAGUACAGGAACGCAGACCGACUCUUCUCAGCCGCGGACACCCUACAAUAUCGACAUUCCUGGAUCCAUGGCUACUUUGAAUCCAUUUGACGCAACCCGUGAUGAUAUUCAUGCUCUGCGCCUGCGUGCAUCUGCGUAUGGGUUCGACAGGAACACCGGGAUCGAAGAAUACAUAGCAAAGCUUGGAACUCAAAUAGACUGGACCACGUGGCGCAGUAGAGCACUCAACUUAGGAUUUGGCGACAAUAUUGACGCCUUUUUAACCAUGCAUGCAUCCUGUGUCGAAUGGGACAGCCUCCGCUAUCUUGCACAUCACGCUGGCUGCGAGGAUAAUGUCGAGAAAUUUCUUGAGGAUAAAGGUGCUACUAGAUUUGUUCACUCCAAGGUAUCGGCUAAAGUUUCUCUACCUGAUACCUUGCAAAAUGCUGAGUUCUCGGAGGUCGAUGCACAGAAAUCCGACUGGGCCGCCUCGAACGUCGCAGAGAGCUCGCCUAGAUGUAAGAUGUACGCGAUAGCAUCUGCCAAUAUUGGAACAGGAUCUGAUCCACAAUUUGACAGUUCAAAGGAUAAAUCCGAGUUGCUGGAAACUGACAUUGUCUUGCAAUGCCCCGGCCGUGGCAAUGAUGCUCGCUCAACGAGUGAGAUUGAUGCAGGGGCUAGCAGCCGGCCAAGUACGCAAACACAAGCCCUGCGUCUUGAGAGCGGGACUUUUUCACAUCGAAGUCCCGACGGGAAUCCCAGAUCAGGUACUUCAGUGUCUAUUCUAGAAUCGACAGGGGGGAAUUCUAUAUCUGAACUAUUCGUACCAUGGGCCGACUUCUUGUGCCCGCAGUGCUCCUGGUCGGAACGCACGAGUGCAAGCCAAGCUCAGGGAAUGAGGGACGAAUCGACUAUUUUGGGUAUCGCAAAAUCAACUGACGCUCGGGUGGCAAGUACUUCUCUUAUCGGGACCGUAGAGGAACAUGCGCCACCCGAAAUGUCCAUGUACAAGGGCCCUCCUCUCCUCGACUUUGAGAAGCGAAUGAUUUCAACGCCUUCACAACCUCAAGUUGAUGUCGAGUUCUCGCCAUAUCUCAAAUUGCUCGUUGGCAAGGUGGCAGCUAGUACGCUCUCGAAUGUCACACCUCUUUCAUUGGAAGCAUCACUUCUCCGAAUAAACCGUAUCCUUGCCGAUAAGGCUACUUUAGACGCUGCCGUGGCAAGGGAUGGGCAUGUGCCUCAGUCUCUACCAGGCUACAUCUCGAGCUGGCACGUGAUGCGAUUUGGACAGAGAGAUGCAGCCCGGCAACACGAAAUACGACUUCGCGCGCGUGUGUUUGCCUUUCUUGGUUCCUAUCGUAGGAUGACCACCUGCCACGACAGCACUAAUGAGACUUUGGACGCCUUCGCCAGGCGCCGUAUGCGCCAAUUUUGUGACUUGCUUGGUGUGUCCCCGGUGCGUGCACCGCUUUACUCACCCCUCGUCCAGCAUCAAUUCAUAAUCCUUCUCUGGCGAUUGUUUCCGGGCGACCCUCGCUCAACAGCUGAUGCACUUUUACCCGCCCAAUUAAGACGCAGGGAGAACGCGGGCUCAGCGUUUCAGAGUCGGCAGACAGAUGUAGUCCCACUAUCGCGCGUUGUCUGUGCACUGAUUGGCUCCGGUCUCAACGUUGAUGUCGACGAACCGGUUGCAUCAGAGAUGCAGCUCAAACAGCUUCUCAAGAAAGCCCGGGCGCUCCCUCAGGUGUCACGCCGCGACACUUCUGGGGCGCUUCUUGGCCGAGGUAUUGCAGUAAAUGAUAUUCUCGACCUUGCCCUUAAUUUUAUGUUUGAUCGAGCUAAAGAGAUCCAAGGGCGCCUGCGCGCCAGUCUCAAAUCAUUUAAUCCGAAUGGUGAUGAGUGCUUCUCCUGGUUUGAGUUCUCAAGUCUGCUUAAGUCCCUUGAUGCAAAGCCGAAUCUCUCCUUCGAGGACACCGUUCAGCUGUUUGAAGAGGUCCAGGGAGACACUCCGACCGUCGCAGAUCAGGCCAGCAACAAGGAAAGCAAUACAGAGAGUGAGUGUGCAUUCAUUGACUCGGUGCGGUUUGCUCGUGGUGCGUGGAAGUCCGGUGUGUUUAAGCAUGUGAAUAAGACAAAGAGACAUAAUCCCGCGUCGACGAUGGCGCUGCAGGCAGGUAUUCGGAACUGUCGUGCUUUGUGCACAGCAUCUAUGGACCAUCAGCCCGAUAUUUCUGUGGCAGACUGGUGUCCAAGCGGGAAACCAGAUUUGGUAAAAUUAGAAUCAAGUUCCAAGUGUCUCGCCGGGUCCGCUCCUAACGCAAAGCUAAAAAAUGCACGUCGCACGGUGGUUGCUGAUGCCAUUAAGCGUCAAGGAGGUACUAGCUGCGUAUCGUUUCAACAGAGCAGUGGCUACAAGAAUUUUGGACUUAAAAGUGCCUCCAAAUCCCUCAAGUCUCAUCCCUCUGGCUGCAAGGUCACUCAUCACAGUCCCUCUAGAGGUGUAGUUUUUGCACGCCUGAAGCACAAGCAGUUUGCAUCAUCUGCGAUACCGGCAGCUACCGGAUCUUCAUUCCAGGUCGAAGUUCUUCAAAACAGAGCGGCAAGGAAGAUUUACUAG